CCGGUGGCUCGCGUGUCUCUCUCUCUCUCUCUCUCCGUGUAUAUUAUAUAUAAUAAAAACCCAAGUAACACUAGUAAAAGCAAAAAAUAACUGAAGAUUCCAUACGGAUUAAACAUUAGAAAAAAAAAAGAAAAAAGUUCUUGUUUGCAAAUUGGUUUUUUUUUUUUUUUGGGGGGGGGGAAGGUUGAGAUUGACAGGCAGAUCCCCACCAAAAAUAUCAAAUAAAUAAAUUCACAUACAACUAUCUUACAUAAAACCCCUUGAUAAUAUUCAACUUUCUCUUGUUAUACUAUUCUUUUUUUUCAGCUGUAAUUGCUAAGAGAGAGUCCUAUGCUGGGGGACUCAAGUAUGGUAGAAAGCUCCGCCGACGUUGCGGCAGCGCCUGGAAUUCAUGAAGGAAAUGAAAUUGGCAUGGUUGGCUCAAAUUCAGGUGAAGAAGAUAAGGGUAGGGUUGAUGAAGGUGACCGGAGUUUUGGAGGAAAUCGAUGGCCUAGGCAAGAGACUUUGGCCUUAUUGAAGAUACGUUCCGACAUGGAUGCUGUUUUCCGUGACUCAAGUCUUAAGGGUCAUUUAUGGGAAGAGGUUUCCAGGAAACUAGCUGAGCUUGGUUAUCAUCGAAGUGCCAAGAAAUGCAAGGAGAAAUUCGAGAAUGUUUGUAAGUAUCACAAGAGAACCAAAGAUGGCCGAACAGGCAAGGCAGAUGGCAAGACUUAUCGCUUCUUUGAUCAAUUAGAAGCUCUUGAAAAUCUUCAUUCACUCCGAUCACGUUCGCCUCCAAAACCUCAAACUCCAACACCAACAUCGGCGGCAAUGCCUUGGAGUUGUAAUCCUCCUUCUGCAUCCAAUGCUCAUGUCCCAUCAGCAAUAAUAAACCCUACCAAUGUACCUCAAACCAAUGCCACACCAUCCAUAAACCCUACUAUUUCCAAACAAACAGUUCCCAUACAUUCGAUAAAUCCUACUUCGAAUAAUAUGCAAUCUUCCUUUCAUAACGUUUCAUCGAAUCUUUUCUCCACUUCUACCUCUUCUUCAACAGCAUCCGACGACGGUUCAGAUGAAGGGAGCAGUAAGAAUAAGAGGAAAUGGAAGGAGUUUUUCAGGAGGCUGACGAAGGAGGUGAUUGAGAAACAAGAGGAGUUGCAAAACAAGUUCUUGCAAACAAUUGAGAAAUGUGAACAGGAAAGAAUGGCACGAGAAGAAGCUUGGAGAAUUCAAGAAAUGACACGAAUCAACAGAGAGCAUGAGAUUUUAGUUCAGGAAAGAUCCACGGCAGCAGCAAAAGAUGCUGCAGUAAUUGCAUUCUUACAGAAGGUAUCGGGACAGCAACCAAACACGGUGCAAGCGCAACACCAAGAAAAUCCUCAACCACCACCUCCACCACUACCUCCACCAGCACCGCUAUCUCUGCCGCCUCCUUUGCAGCAGUCGCAACCCCAAACGCAAACUCAAGCCUUGAAUUUUGAAACCUCGAAAAUGACUAAUGGAGGGAAUAAUGUGGUUUCAUCAAGUCCAUCACGAUGGCCAAAAGUUGAAGUUCAAGCUCUUAUAAAGCUUAGAACUAGUCUUGACACUAAGUAUCAAGAAAAUGGACCAAAGGCUCCUCUAUGGGAGGAGAUCUCAGCCGCAAUGAGAAAGCUUGGAUAUAAUCGAAACGCAAAGAGAUGCAAAGAAAAAUGGGAAAACAUUAACAAGUACUACAAGAAAGUAAAAGAAAGCAACAAAAGAAGGCCUGAAGAUUCCAAGACAUGCCCAUAUUUUCACCAGCUGGAUGCUAUUUACAAAGAAAAAAUCAGCAAAAACGAGAAUUCACUUAGUUCUUCGUGCGGAGUUAAACCUGACAGCACUAUGGUGCCACUGAUGGUUCGACCGGAACAGCAAUGGCCUCCGCAGGAAGGAAUGAGCCAGCAGGCCGCCGAGGCAGCCAUGAUAGAAGAAGCUGAAAAGGAAAAUGUGGAUCAGGUUCAAGAUGAUGAAGAAGAUGGGGAUAGUGAAGAGGAAUAUGAAGGGAAUGAUUUUGAGUUAGUAGCAAACAGAACUGCUCCAAUCGGCACUGCCGAGUAAGACAACAAAAAGGGAAGCUUCUAAUCAAAAUUUACAUCAAGUGAGGCAUCGGCAAGGUGGUUUUACUAUAGUAUUUACCAUGGUAAACCAAAAGCAAACAGACAUAUAAGCCAGUAAAAAAAGUUUAUCAUCAAACACUUGAAUUACGUUUUUGGCUGAGAAGUGAGAAGAUGGAUCCAGUUGGUUUGAAGAAGGAAAAGUGAGUCAGAUUCUGAUGAAUUCAGCAGGAAAUAGUGGUGGUGAAUUGGAUUAAUAGCAAUGCACAUGGGGUGUAGUUUUAUAGUGGGGUUAAAUGUUUUCUUUUUCUUUAUUACUAUAGUUUAUUAUUUAUUUGUUAAAAUAAAUAUAUUAAAAGUGUGGAAAGUGUAUACAGAGUUGAGGGGGGGGGGGGGGAGCAAUGUUUU